CUCACAUCGCACCAAACUUCACGAUCAAACCCCACACCACCCCACAGCGGAUCAUACCUCACAAUCAUAACACACCAGACCAUACAACCACAUAACGCAAGCCACAACACCACAGAGGAUCACACCACCUCACAUCGCACCAAACUUCACAAUCACACCACACCAGACCACACACCACCCCACAGCGGAUCACAUCACCUCACAUCGCACCAAACUUCACGAACACACCACACCAGACCACACAACCACACACCGGAUCACACGCCAAGCCACACCAUAUCAUACAACCAUACAACGCCACAUCACACGACACCCCGCCACAUCACACCCCACUCCACAUACAAACUACAUUUCAGUACUGAGCCGCCUUGUCAGCCAUACGUUAAGAUGUAUCAUGUUCAGUAUAUGAAUGGUUUGAAGACACUUAGGCUUAGGGCGUGAAUUUGCCUUCAGGUUAUUGUCUUUGUUUUAGACUAAUUUAAAUAUCGCUGAUUUAGCAAACGUUCGCGAAACAAGAGUUCAAUAAUUUUUUAAGUCCUGAAAAUGCAAAAAUGCAUUAAGGUUUAUUAAGGCCAUUUAUUAAAGUAGAUAUGGAAUUCCGUGUGUGUCAAGAGGGUAAACAAAAAGAGAGUGCAUUUAUGGUAUUAUCCUCAUCACAAUAGAAUUACAUGCAAAUGAUAAGAAUACUUUUCUUCCAAUAUUUACGCUUCUGCAAUACACAAAAUUUAAAUAAAUAUAUGAACACACAAGUGACUGUGCCACAAAAUCAGAUUAGCCGUUAGGGACUGACCAUUAUAUAUUCAUGGGGUGUGGUAUAUCGAGUGUGUGUCUGGUGAAGAACAACGGUGUGUGUAAGUCGGGGUAAGGGUCGGGGGUGGCGGAGUGGUCUUGGAAAACAGAAACGGAAUAUAUAAAUAAUAUGAUAAUCACUCUCUAAAAGUCCUAAAUAAACCGUGCUAUGAAUAAGAAAAUUAACAUAUACGGUGUCCAAAGAAACAUAUUUUACCGCUAACAAUCCUUCCACCCACCCAAUAAUUUUUAAAAUGGUCUGUCCUAUUUAAUCAUCAGCUUUCUCAUCAGCUUGGUUCCAUUUCACCUAAUCGCUAUAUGACGUAUGAAAGGGGUGCCAAUUCAGACAACCUAAUCGGAUCCAGUCAGUACAGGUAUUACACAGUUUAGCAAUUAGAAUAGAUCUGUGAUGCUGGUAUAUAACAUGUCACCGUUGCCGCACUCUCUGCAGACGCAGCCGACGUCUCCGUUCAUACAGUCAACAUGAAUUUGAAAGUGUUCCUGGCGUUCCUGCUGAUAGUGGCUUGUGUAGCCGCCUACACAAAGAAAUGCCGCAAGACAUGUUCCAGUAGGACGAGGUAUACGACCAGCUGCAGCACCAGUCGUUGGAGUUGGAGCAGGCAUAGGUGCACCAGAUACAGGACCAGCUACUACACAUGUUUCGGCCCCUGUCCUAGAGUAAAUGGCGGCUGGUCGUCCUGGUCCAGCUACCAAGUGGUGGCUUCGUGCUCGGUGACGUGUGGCACUGGACGCCAGCACUACAAGAAGACCAGAUCAUGCACCAACCCAGCCCCAGCUAAUGGUGGAGCCCGCUGCUAUGGCUCAAGCGAAUAUACCUUUUCCUUCACCUGCAGCAAAUCUCCAUGCCCAGUCGAUGGUCAGUGGACUGAUUGGGAAGACUGGACACCAGUGACCGAGUGCCCCGUCCUGUGCGGUGGAGGCCAGACUAACUUCACGAGGUCACGCUCCUGCUCCACCCCCAUGCACGGGGGUAGAGACUGUGAGGGGGAAGCCACACAGAACAGGGAGAUGCACGAGUGCAACACAGAGCCAUGUGGGGACAGAUGCCGCGAUGCCAGUCCUACGUCUAUAGCUCACAGUGACCCCCACAAGUUCUACGAGUGCAGUGACAGUGUAGCCUACCUGAAGAAGUGUCCAGAUCACUCCACCUUCUACGCCAUUGGCGAGGUGUGUGUGGAGGACACCUGCAACUCGAGGGUCUUCUCAGUCGUCAUCCCAGCGACAGCAGGAAGUACCUCAUGUGUCUGUCAGGUGAAAGGAUCAUCGACAUGGUCUGUGCACCCGGCACCUUCUUCAAUGCGGAAACCAGGGUGUGUGAGUAAACCUCAAGAUUGAACCCCUGCGCUCAAUAAACACUUAAAUAUU